CAAGGCUCCAACCAUGAUCACCUCCACCACUUCUGCUGACACCCUUAACGAUGCCCAAUUCUCCAAUCGACAUUUGACGGCAUUACCUGAUCAAAACAAUGAAGCAGCGCAUGCUAACGUACCCUUUUUACUCCAACCAUCAUAUGCAAUGUCAAAAUCCUUACUCUUCGAUGAACUACGCAAUUUUCGAAUAAGCCUCAAAUGGUGCGCCCUUGAUCACUCCUCUUGCAUAGGAAAAUUUAUAUCAUAUUUCACAUUCAUAUUCUUCACUAUUAUUGUCCCCACCAUAAGCUCCCUCUCUAUUAAAGUCCCAUCCUCAUCAGCAGCAUCUGAUGACCCCAUAUCUUUCAACAACCUGGUGCAGUUUCCUGAGUCUGGCUUGGCUCUAAUGGCUUUCUUGACCCUAUCCCGUUUCUUUAGAAGGUAUAGCCUGCGCCAGCUCUUAUUCCUGGAUGGGCUACAAGACGAUUCUUUGUUUGUCAGACGUGGAUACUCUCGGGAACUUGAUAAGGCUUUUCGUUACCUAGCAUGCAUUCUACUGCCAUCCUUUUUUGUGGAACUGGCACACAAAAUCAUCUUCUUCUCUUCAGUGAAAAUAUCAUUACCUUGCAUGAGUUCAGGUGUUCCGAUGAAUUCUAUCAUGUUUGUGUUGGUGUUGGCAUCGUGGGUUUACAGGACAGGCGUUUUCCUGUUGGUCUGCGUUCUAUUUCGGCUGACUUGUGAGCUCCAAAUACUCAGAUUUGAAGGGUUUCAUAAGUUGUUCGACGGAUGCGAAUCGUAUGCUGGUGUCAUAUUCAGGGAGCAUGUUAGGAUUAAGAAACAGUUGUCUGUUACAAGCCACAGAUAUCGGUUCUUUAUCAUUGCUUGUUUGGUUACCAUUACCAUUAGUCAACUGGGAGCAUUGUUGCUGGUUCUGGCAUUCAAGUCUGACAAAACUUUCGUCAAUUCAGGGGACCUUGUGAUUUGUUCAGUGGUUCAGUUAAGUGGCUUCUUCCUAUGCAUACUGGGAGCAGCUAGAAUCACACAUAGAGCUCAAGGCGUCGUGUCCAUAGCAACUAGAUGGCAUAUGAUCGUGACAUCUUCAUCCGCCAGAUCAGACCAAGGGAAAUGCAUUGUCCCGGAGGUUGAUGAGACUCUAGUAUCCAAAUCCGCUGUUACUGAUGCCGAUUCGUCAGACAUUUUGGUCUCGACUUCCUCACAGAAUCCAUCGUCUUUCCAAACCAGGCAGGCAUUUGUGGCAUAUUUGCAGCACAACAACGGAGGAAUCACACUGUUCGGAUUUGCACUUGAUCGCGGAUUGCUUCACACACUCUUUGCAUUUGAGUUCUCUUUGGUGCUGUGGAUUCUGAGCAAAGUGGUGGUUCUGUCUUGAACGAGUCUGUUGGAGUUGAUGAGAUUUAAUAGGUAAAAAUUCUAUGUGAACAAUUACAGAAAAGAGCUAUACCUAAAUAUGGAGUAAGUAUGGCGUUAGUUUAUAAAAGAAAGCAAUAUUUCCCUAUAAGAAGGGAGAGGUUGCUGCUGGAAAAAUAAGAGAGAGUAGAGAGAAUUAGAGAGGGCUGGAAAGAGAGUUUGAGAGAGUUAAGAAAAUGAGCAAGAAAAGGAAAAAAAAAAUCUUUGAAUUUAUAUAUGUAAAUCCUAUGUUUUUGUAAUAAAUUUAUGUUUUUCUUUCUCAUA